AUGACAGAAUCUGACACGCGUCCGACUCAUCUGACGUUCCUUACGUCGAAUGCUGGUAAACUACGUGAAUUUCAGGCCGUGAUGGCUGGUGUGUCGGACUUGACAAUCACGAACCGUGGAGACGUGGAGAUUGACGAGAUCCAAGGCACAAUCGAGGAAAUUGCUCGACACAAGGCAGGUACUGGAGCCAUUAUGACUGGCCAAGCAGUUUUGACAGAAGACACUGCUCUUGAAUUCAAAGCGCUCAAUGGGUUGCCUGGUCCCUACAUCAAUGAGCGGAUUGUGGUCUCAAGAAAUCCUAUGCGCGGUACUGCGAAAGAGUGCUCGAAAGUAAAUACAGAGAAGCAGUUCCCUCCUGCUAUCCUCUUUGGUGUGUUCGUUGAUGCGUUGUAUCUGUCUGUGUUACUCCUGAUCGAUCACAAAUCGCGUUCAUUACCAAGACUAGCCGCUGUUGGAGGUGACUUUGCCAGUCCAGUCAAGCAAGACUCUCCUUCGCAGCUCACUCCUCGUCGGUUCACCUUUGUUGCCACAUUGUAG